CUACCGCUAGAAUAACAUAAGCUGAAUGAAACUUAAGAUUUUACAUAAAAAAGACAUAAUAAUAAAUUUAUAACUCAUUCCUUCCAUGUAUUACGAUCCACCUUCGCAUUUAAUACACACUGUGGUCUUUAAAUUGUUAUGAUUUGUUUUUGUUUACCGUUCAUAUCUAAGCGUUUUAUAUAUUUAAAAGAGCAUUUUGUUAUUUAGCAUUACUAAAUGAUAUGACAUAACUUUCACUAAAAAUAAGAUAUAGCAUAAAAUCUUGUGUUGUUUACAUUAGAGUAAUAGUGGUCACUAAAUUACUUGUCGCAUAACAACCGGCGUCGCGCAGCCUCGACUUGAAAGUUGGGGACAAAAUUCAAUAACGAAUUGGCCAUUUUAUUGAUGGCAGGGGGGAGGCUGGGUGGAGACAAUCGGUCGGUGGCAGAAGUUGAAAAUGGGGGUGCAGCAAUCAAUCCGCCAUUAGUUUCCCAGCACACUGGGGCGUGGGCGUCGGGGGUGUGGCACGGGGCGUGGGGGUCCCCGUGCCGCCCCCCGGCGACCUACUCGCCACUAUAUCCAUGUUCGAGCAGCAGAUCAAGGCAGAACCUAUGAGCUUCUACUCCUCCCAUCCCCAUAUACACUCCGGCCCCCCAACUAUAGUCCGAUCUGACUCCAACCAUGGCAUCAUCAACAUGAACCAGCACCACACACACCAGGAGGAUUCCAAGGACAGUCUGAUAGUACAACAUCAAGUACAACACCAACAAGAACUCAUGGAACAACAUCAACAGGAAAUGCAGCAACAGGAUGACGAGUUGAGCUUUAAAGGAAUGGAUGAUGAAGGGGUUGAAAUGGACAUGGAUGGCAGGCAGUGUUCUCAGGGUAUGGGUGUCGACAUGGGAUCAGUUCAAACCAAAAUGGAAGUCUCAAAUGGAGGCGGCCAGGCAACUCGUUCAAAACCACAGGCUUGUAAAGUGUGUGGCAAAGUGCUGUCUUCUGCUUCUUCAUAUUACGUCCAUAUGAAGUUACACUCUGGGAACAAGCCCUUCCAGUGUACUGUGUGCGACGCGGCGUUCUGCCGCAAGCCGUACCUGGAGGUGCACAUGCGCACGCACACGGGCGAGCGCCCCUUCCAGUGCGACCUGUGCCUCAAGCGCUUCACGCAGAAGUCCAGCCUCAACACGCACAAGCGGGUGCACACAGAUGAGCACAUGCGGGCGUUGAUGGUGAAGGACCGGCCCUACAAGUGCGAACUCUGCCAGAUGCGCUUCACGCAGAGCUCCAGCCUCAACCGACACAAGAAAAUACACACGGAGGAGCACAGACGAGCCCUGUUAGAGAAAGUGCGGCCGUACCAGUGCCACAUCUGUUUUAUGCGCUUCACUCAGAAGUCCAGCCUGGGCCGACAUGGGAAAAUACACACUGAGGAGCACAUCCAAUCGCUGAUCAACAAAGUGCGCCCCUAUCAGUGCGAGAUCUGUGACAAGCGGUUCACUCAGAAGUCAAGCCUUGGCACUCAUAAACGUAUACACACUGGGGAGCGGCCGUUCCAGUGCACCGUCUGCCUCAAGUCCUUCACGCAGAAGUGCGCGCUCAAUUUGCACGAAAAAAUACAUACGGUGCAAGGGCGUCCUUACACGUGCGGGCAAUGCCCGGCGGCGUUCGCCCGCCGCCCCUACCUGGACAUUCACAUGCGCACGCACACAGGCGAGCGGCCGUAUCAGUGCGACGCGUGUCUGAAGCGCUUCACGCAGAAGUCCAGCCUCAAUAUACAUAAACGGACGCACACAGUCCAGGGGAGACCGUUCCAGUGCCUGUCGUGUCCCGCCGCCUUCACCUGCAAGCAAUACCUGGAGAUUCACACGCGCACCCACACCGGCGAGCGGCCGUAUCAGUGCGACAUCUGCCUGAAGCGCUUCACACAGAAAUCCAGCCUCAACAUUCACAAGCGGACGCACUCAGUGGUUGCGCGGGAGCCGACGCCCGCCCUGGCUAACCUUGGUCCGUCCACAGUGCAGGGCCGGCCCUUCCAGUGCCUGCAGUGCCCCGCCGCCUUCACCUGCAAGCAAUACCUCGAAAUCCAUAACCGCACGCACACGGGCGAGCGGCCCUACCAGUGUGACGUCUGCCUCAAGAGAUUCGCGCAAAAAUCUACUCUCAAUAUUCACAAAAGAACGCACACAGUGCAAGGGCGGCCGUACCAAUGCAUGGAGUGCCCGGCAGCGUUCACAUGCAAGCCCUACUUGGAGAUCCACAUGCGCACGCACACAGGCGAACGCCCGUUCGAGUGUGAUGUCUGCUACAAACGCUUCACGCAGAAAUCUACGCUCAACAUACACAAGCGAAUCCAUACCGGUGAACGUCCAUACGCUUGUGAUAUUUGUCAAAAACGAUUUGCUGUGAAGAGCUACGUAACAGCGCACAGAUGGUCGCACGUGGCCGACAAGCCGCUGAACUGCGACCGAUGCUCGAUGACGUUCACGAGCAAGUCUCAGUUCGCGCUCCACAUCCGCACGCACUCCGCCGGCUCCUGCUACGAGUGCAGCGUCUGCGGCCGGACUUUCGUGCGGGACAGCUAUCUGAUACGACACCACAACCGGGUCCACCGCGAGAACCACAGCAACGUGUCCGCCAACAGCCUCGGCACCAUCAACAGCGUGGCAACCAACACCAACAACUCAAACAGCAACUUCGACUCGCCCGGCGUUUGUGACUUAAGCUUCGUGCCCAUGGUGAACCGCUACAUGACGUCACAAGGCACGCAGGUGUCCAUGCAGGACAGCAAAAUGUCCGCCAUGUCCCCGCAGUCCAUCGCGUCUAUAUCUUCGCCCCCUCCCCCGCAUACGCCUACCCCCCAACCGCAGAUGUCGGGUCAAAUGCAUCUCACAGACUGAUCAUCAGAAUAGCCGUGGGUGGAGCAGCUCGCAGCAGAGUGCAAUAUGUUGGGGCAGCUGCAGUAGAGCGGGACCCGUAGCAAUCAGCAUGGACUCAUGCACAGAUUAUAUUUUAUUUUCACGUUUAUUUACAUUGUUCGUUCGUCGGCCGAGGCGCGAUCGGAAAGGUUUUGCUUGUGGAAUCCCUCGAAAUACAAGGUGGACAUCACAAUAACUGUAGUCUAGAGUAGCGGUACCGCCUAUGAUACGCAUUGUGAUUUAUAUACCCACAACUGUGAUUUAUCUAUACCAUCACAUAAUUAUAUUAAUUCGCGUGGUGGCGUUCAUAAAUCGAUACUUAAAAACUCUCAUCAUUUUAGAUUGUAGGCCUAAAAUUUUUGAUCUCAUAUUCUUAUUUGCUUAGUGAUAACUUUGGAAUCGUAUUGUGUCUCCGACUUGAAAUUCUAAAUUUAAUGUUCGUCAUUCGCUUGUCAUACCAUUCUCAUUAGGCGUAGUGAAUAACAAUAUCUUAUUGCGAUGCUUUAACUUAGAUCGUGUCAGUGUAUAUGAAGUUCAGUAAUUUUAUAGAACUGUUACCAAUGAGAGGUAAAGUAUUUUGAUCGCUGAGAAAUUUUUAGGGACUCUAACCUCAUAAUUAUCCAUAAGAAUGCUUUAAGAUUCUGGUUCAUAGAAGAGUAAUAAUAAUAAUGAAUAAGUACAAAUAUCCCAUAAUUCACAGAGUCCUGAGAGGCAAUAUUGAAAGCUUCACAAAAUUAAUAACUUUAAUAUGAUGUUUAUUGGAGUAAUCCAGAGAAGUGCCUGUUGCAACAUAAAAUUGGCAAUAUUUUUAAUCGUAUGUAUUGCGUUCAAAAUAAAUGUUAUGUUCAGUGUUCAAUGUGUGUGUCAUCGGGCUAAGGUAAGCAGUGAGCAGCUGUCGGCGCAAUUGGGAUGGGUGACCGUGCGGGCGCGGGUUCCCGUCGGUCGCGGCUGGCGCUAGCUAUGAUUUGUGAAGCUUCUUACUAAAACUUUGUGUGCCUUCUAGCGGUUAGCGAUAUUAGGCAAUAUCAAUCAUUCUAACACCACUGGUUAACUUCAUUGUUUUCUUUUCUUUAAUGUUCACAUUGAGUGUACUCUCAUGUAACCAUUGUAUUUUUACGUCGUAUAUAUUGAUUACCAUUGUCGGAUAGCAGUAUACUGUUAGAUCGUAUUUUUGUAAUAUGCAAUCUUUGUUUCCAUUACUGUUUUCGAAUAAUAGUAAUACGAAUAGUGAUAUAGCGCAGUAGUCUUCCAAUACCUUGAGACAGAGAUUGUGCACGAGUGAGCAGUGCAUGAGUCCGCUUCAGGGGUUCCUUAUGGUUUGCCAUUAUUGAUAUCAAAGAUAGAUUGGUGCCAUUUCCAUGUAAAUGAUGUGGUAAAGUAAGCUUAGUUAAGUCUGCUGGUCAGGGUAGAACUGGAAAUAAAAUAUACUAACUGAUCUUCGCGCCAACCGGCGUUCAUUGUCGUCUCCGCAAGUUCCCGCGUUCACUACACGCGCUUUAUUUUAUUUCCAACUUGUGUGUGUCCAUGUGCUGAGUCAGACUUAUGUAAAUAUUGGUAGGGUUUAUUUAUUCGAGUAUAUUGGAAAGAGUUGAAAUUCAAAAUUAAAAGGAAUGCAUGGUUUGUAGAACGGUCUCACUCUACGACUUAAUAUUAAAAAUAUCGAACUGAAAAGAGAACAUAGUUGGAUAAAUGUUAGAGUAUGUAGCGCAGAACUAUACUUUGGGUACUAUGUACUAAUAAAAUCAAAAUUUCCUUGUAGAUGUACAUACGUAUACAUAUAAUAUUAUAUACAUAUGAAUGUUGUUUGAUAGUCCUCAAUAUUUUUUUAUAUUUUGAUAGUUCUGUAUUUGAAAGAAACACGGAAAAAUAGGCCAAUGUCUCGUUUAUCAUUUUAAAAUUAAUAAAAGAAUAAUAUGUACACGAUAUUUUAAGAUAAAUAAUAAUAUGACGAAUGCAUUUAGUUGCCCAGAGAAGUAGAAGUAACAUCUUAUCGCGUUUUUUUCAAAUUCUUAAUCUGUUAGUAAGAUUCUUACCAAGCCAUUGAUAACAGUAUUAUUUAGACAAACUAGAUCUUGAGUUUAACAAGUAGUAUAAACUCUGCUACCAUUAUGAAAAAUCACCAUAAAAUUGAAACCAUAGUUUAUCAAUAGUUUGUAACAACAUUGGUGAGCACCACUUUAUAGGUGCUGGUCAGUGCUGAUACCGUAUUAUCCAUAGAUAUACUUAUUAUGAAUGGAAAUAGAAACACCAACAUAGUGACCUAGGUACAUAAUAAUAAAAUAUAUAAGAAAUAUAUACAUUAUACAUAUACAUUGUCUUCGUCUUUCCGAUGACUCGGCGGGGCUGAUUGUUUCUUUAUUGAUUCUAGUUUUAGUAAUAUAUUUUUGUUAUGAUAUAUGUUCUUCUUUAUUUAUAGUUGUUUUUCCUUAUUAGAAACAUUAUACUAUCGUUGCUUCAUCCUGGCCGGGCGAAUCGGAAAGUGAAAGGCGAUCGAUCCUGAUUAUUUAUGAAAUCAUUUCAGAUCUUUUCUAGCAAAAGAAUCUAUAAGCUCUAUUGUCGGUAUUCUGAUAUAUUUCGUAAAUAACUAGGAUUCAUAAAAUGCAAUGAGGAACCACAGAUAUUGUCACUUGCGAUAAUAAUACGUGUGCAAGCUGUUCACACCUGGAAGCAUAGUGUUGCCUAAUAAUAGUCCUGGAGUCGUGGAUAUGUCUUUGCGUAUCUUAAUCCUAAUACCUACUUUUGACAUAACAUAGUGUUGGAAUCUUUCAUCAAAAUUGAAGAUAAAUGGAUUUCUACGACUGUAAUCUCGCAACAUUGUUGUAAAUGCUACCGGUGUUUAUAGAACAUAUGUGGAUCUUCACUGCCAAACUAUUUUACAUACCGAUGUUAGUUAACUAUAUAUUUAGAAGUAAUACUGAGCCAUUACAUUACGUAAUCAUAAUGUGGUAACUAUAUAUUUCCCUUUUGUCUAGUUAUUUUCAACCGUAGAAAAGACUGAAUUACUUAAAAAAAGGAAUUCACAUUACAAGAAUACUCACGAGAACUAUAUUGGCGUUGUAAGUUUGUGUUUGUUUACACCUUAGCGGUUGUGGUGUCGGACCAACCAGUCUUGGAAAUUCAGUUUGAAAAAUCGUACAUAUCCUUACCCGUGAAUGUUAAUGUAUACUAUUCCCUUGUCGAGGCAGGCUACUAGUCUAGGGCGCGACCGCCGCCGACCAUUUACACUUGAUCGUGGUAGUUUUAUGAGCAAAUAACAGUGAGCCUUGUGUAAUCAUAAUGUCUAAGGUACAUAAAUAUUUAGUUAAUAUUGUAUCGUUAGAUUUACGCGAACUUCCGCUUUGCCAACAUAUUACGUUGCUUACAUUAUAAUCAUACGAGAGUACAGCCUAAGGAUUUUAACUUUUUUUUUAUAUGCUGAGAGCUAUUUCUAAGUCACUGAAUUUUUAUACGAUUGUAUUGUAUAUGCUAACCAAAUUAUAUUACUGGCUAUGAGCCACUAUUAUUAACCAAGUUUUGGAGUUAUUUACAUCCCUUUAAUUACUAAUUUUUUAUUGAAAUUUCCAGCAAACAUCAUGGCAUGAUGAUCUUGCGGUCAUUUAGUUAUAGCUCUUCAGAGUUUUUAUGACCAAUAUUUUAAUUAAAUAAACUGUUUAAUUUUAUUGUUAAAAUUUUUAGGCUAGUUUAUAUUUCAAAUAAGUUAGAUUUGUUAAUUGUGGUGUAUUCAUUGCACGCGAGUUAGCUCUUACGGCCUCCUUUACGUAUUUUUAUAUUUUUGUUGUUUUAGUCUGAAAUUAUUGUGAUAAAAAUAUUAUUAUUGGUUUGUUUAUCUUAUACGGAAAUUGUUUAUUGUUGAUUUUUUGAGUAUUCUACCUAUGCAGAGAUGGAGGUUAGGUAAAGACAGAGGCUGUAAGAGCCUUUAUGUAGUCAGCAUUAUGUAUAUGCUUUAAUGUGAUUUUUUAAAUGUACUCUUUAUUAUAGUCUCAUCAAACAAUAUAAUUAGCGAACUAACAGUGUUUCUAAUUUUUUUUUCAGUUCAUAGUGAUUUAUAUUGAGAUCAAAAUAAAAAUACAGAGUUUAUUUAAUUUUAUGGAAAAUAUACAUUGUAAAAUUAUUCUUUAGUGCUCAUUUGCAGAGCUCUAUUAAAAAAAGAAACUAUAUGAAUGCAAAAUAACAAGUCACGAUUCUUUUUAGAAGUCGCCAUGUAGUGGAGAAAAAUAAACGUGCCAUGAUAUUUGUGGCUAAAAA